ACCGUUCGCGACGCCUGGGCUGAGCUCCAAACCACGGGUUCAACCGAGGGCGUGGCGAAAACCGCGGUGCUGAAGUCCGUACUCAGCGAGCGUGCGGAUCUCUUCGAGUUCGCUGGGGAUACCAUCGAGCUCACCGAGGCUGCGCAGAUGAUGAAUCCCACAGAUGGCUUGCCGGCCAAUAUCCUCACGGCCGACGGUGGCCUGAUGGAGGAAUGGGAUGCCAGCAAGGGGGAGGAUGGCGAUGCGGUCGUGAUCGACGCCGCACCGGGAGAAGCGCCCCGUGCCGUCGGGCAGGUGGGG